UCAAACUUGACAUCAGCCUCUGAGCCGAGAAUGGUAACUUGUGUCGGAACUGAAGCCCUCACAUGAGUGGCAUGCUUCAUGGAGUUAUGUACCUUGUUUUGCCCCUUCAACUGCUAUCAUGGAUUGCAAAACCUUAAUACUUUUCCUUUUUCUCUUCACGUUUAUUUCCAUCGCAGAAUUCAUUAUUCAUCCAUCCAAUGAAGUUAACCUGUUGGACUCCAAAGCAAGCCAAGGGGAGCUGGGCUGGAUAUCAUCCCCAUCCCAUGGGUGGGAGGAAAUUAGCGGCGUGGAUGAGCACUACACACCCAUCCGGACCUUCCAGGUGUGCAACGUGAUGGAAUACAGCCAGAACAACUGGUUGAGGACCAACUGGAUUCCUCGCAAUUCUGCACAGAAAAUCUAUGUGGAGCUCAAGUUUACCCUGAGAGACUGCAACAGUAUUCCCAUGGUCCUGACCUGCAAAGAGACGUUCAACUUACACUACCUGGAGACUGAUGAAGACCAGGGAAGUAAGUUUCGUGAGCACCAGUUCUCCAAAAUAGACACCAUCGCCGCCGAUGAGAGUUUUACUCAGAUGGACCUGGGCGACCGUAUCUUGAAGUUAAACACAGAGGUCCGUGAGGUGGGACCCAUGACUAAGAAGGGCUUUUACCUGGCUUUCCAGGACGUGGGAGCCUGCGUGGCCCUAGUUUCGGUGCGGGUGUACUUUAAAAAAUGCCCUUUUACGGUGAGGAACCUGGCUAUGUUUCCCGACACGGUACCCACGGACUCUCAGUCACUCGUGGAGGUUAGGGGCUCCUGCGUCAACAAUUCCAGGGAAGAGGAUCCGCCAAAAAUGUACUGCAGUACCGAGGGAGAGUGGCUGGUGCCCAUUGGGAAAUGCCUGUGCAACAUAGGAUACGAGGAAUGGGGAGUCGCUUGCCAAGCCUGCCGGCCCGGCUUCUAUAAGGCCUCUUCUGGGAACGUCAAGUGCUCCAAGUGUCCACCGCACAGCUACACGCACCAGGAGGAAGCCGUGCACUGCGACUGCGAGAGAACCUACUUCCGUGCGGAAGAGGACCCCGUCUCGAUGGCCUGCUCUCGACCUCCAUCUGCCCCACGCAAUGUGAUCUCUGCCAUUAAUGAGACAUCAGUGAUUCUAGACUGGAACUGGCCGGCUGACAGCGGAGGCAGGAAGGACGUGAUAUUUAACGUGGUCUGUAAGCGAUGUUGGCCGGGUCCCAGGCAGUGUGAACCCUGCCUAGGGGCCGUGCGCUUCCUGCCCCGUGCCACCGGCCUCACUAACACGACAGUAACCGUAGUGGACCUCCUGGCACACACAAACUACACCUUUGAGAUUGAGGCCCAAAACAGAGUGUCCUCCCAAGCCCCCACGAUCCGCCAGUACGCUGCGGUCACCAUCACUACCAACCAAGCAGCUCCAUCUGCAGUGACUGUCAUCAGGAAGGACCGAACAUCCAGAAACAGCAUCUCACUGUCAUGGAUGGAGCCAGAGAGACCCAAUGGAAUCAUUUUGGACUAUGAGGUCAAAUACUAUGAGAAGCAGGAACAAGAGACCAGCUACACCAUCCUGAGGUCAAAGGCCACAAACGUUACUCUGAACGGCCUAAAACCCGACACCACCUACCUGCUGCAGAUCAGAGCGCGAACCGCGGCCGGAUACGGCGGUAGCAGUCGCAAGUUUGAGUUUGAGACCAGUCCAGACUCCUUUUCCAUCUCCAGUGAGAACAGUCAGGUAGUGCUGAUCGCUGUCUCCUCCGCCGUGGCCAUCAUCCUCCUCACUGUAGUGCUCUACAUUGUGAUUAGCAGGUUUUGUAGGUAUAGCAAGUCCAAACAUCCAGAUGAGAAGAGGCUGCCCUUUGGCAACGGCCACUUGAGACUGCCUGGCAUCAAGACUUACGUGGACCCACACACUUACGAAGACCCGAGUCAAGCCGUGCACGAAUUCGCCAAGGAACUGGACGCGUCCUGUAUUGCCAUCGACAAAGUGGUUGGGGCAGGGGAGUUUGGAGAGGUGUGCAGCGGCCGACUGAAGCUGCCGUCUAAGAAGGAGAUCUGUGUGGCCAUCAAGACACUCAAAGCCGGAUACACAGAGAGGCAAAGGCGGGACUUCCUCAGUGAAGCGAGCAUCAUGGGACAGUUCGACCACCCCAACAUCAUCAGGUUGGAGGGUGUGGUCACACGCAGUAAACCUGUGAUGAUAGUGACCGAGUACAUGGAGAACGGCUCUUUGGACGGCUUCCUGCGAGUGAGUGUGACACACUGAGCGCAUUUAAUGAGACUCCAUGAUGUAUGAUCAGAGGAAAGGCACAGAGGGCUCAUCUUAAAAUCAUUUAAAAACCCAUCAGCGUCUUAGCUUCUCCUGCUUCCUCUCACAGUACCUGCUUAUCACAGCAUGCCUGAAAUUCUCCCAAGC